AUGGCCAUCAUCGUUCACCAUCUCAAUGAUUCGCGGUCGCAGCGCGUCCUCUGGCUGCUGGAGGAGAUGGGCAUCGACUACGAGAUCAAGCACUACAGCCGAACCGCGCAGGGCACUGCACCCAAGGAGCUUCUCGACGUCCAUCCGACAGGCAAGUCACCUCUGAUCACCGAUACGACCAAGAACAAGGUGGUCGCUGAGUCCGGUGCCAUCGUCGACUAUCUCAUCCGGCAUUAUGGAGAGGGACGCUUUGUACCGGCUGAUCCCGAACGCAUCGAUGACGACGUCUACUUUAACCACUUUGCGGAAGGAUCUCUGAUGCCCACGCUGGUCAUGAAGCUGGUAUUCAGCAUGAUCCCAGCCAAGAUGCCGUUCUUCGUGCGCCCAAUCGGCAACGCGAUUGUCAGCAAUGUCAACUCGGCUUUCCUGGACCCGGAUCUGAAGCGCAAGUCCGACUUUGUUGCGGACGAACUCGUCAAGAAGUGCGACGGAGGCAACGGAUGGUUUGCUGGCGGCGACAAGGACGGCAAUCCCACCUCGGCGGAUUUCCAAAUGGCGUUCCCCCUCGAAGCGGCUCUCUCGGGCCGAAUCUCGAACCUGCCGGCUUCCAUCAAGACUUACGUCGACAAGGUUCACGCUCGACCUGCCUUCAAACGAGGUCUCGAGAAGGGUGGCCCCUAUAACUUCAUCCCGAUGCGCGACCAACCAGGAGGGUUGGAGUUCCUGCAUGUCUUGCCAGCAUCCGAAGUGCGGAACCAGUCAGUAUGCGCGCCCGUCAAUGCGCUUCCUCCACGCAUCCACGACGCAAAUGCCCUUGACUGGUGUCAGCGACAGAUCCCGCAAAUGCCAAUGGGUGCCAACGUUUCGCGUGCCUCUCUCCGAACUUCUGCCGACACAGCAGGCGCAAUGAGGAGUUUGAGAUGCUGA